AUGGCGCCGUCCAUCCGGUCACUGCUGACCGCCUCCCUCUUCGCCCUCGCCCCCUUCGCCUCCGCCUCGCGCGAACUCACAUCCACCUCCCUGGCAACGUGCCAAGAGAACAGCCAGUUCAGCGCCAGUCUCUUCGACAUCGCCCUCACCCCCGGCAACGGCUCGCUCACCUUCGCGAUCAAUGGUGUUAGUACCAUCACUGGUUACGUGCUGCUCAACAUCCAGGUCAGGGCCUACGGCUUGAGCGUGUACAACGGCCAGAUCGAUCCCUGCGAGGAUGCGGCGCUGAAGGGCUUGUGUCCCAUGCAAGAGGGUCCGAUUCAACUUCCGCCUUCGGUCGUUACCAUUCCAUCUGGCGCGCUCAGCGGAGUUCCGGGCAUCGCCUACACCGUCCCCAAUCUCGAUGCCAGCUUCCAGAUCAAGUUCAAUGAUACCGCUACCGGCCAAAAUGUGGCCUGUGUCGAGGCGAGCUUGUCGAACGGAAAGACUGUGGACCAGAAGGCAGUCGCUUGGGUCCUAGCCGUCACUUCCGGUCUGGCUCUUGUGGCCUCCGCCAUCACCUCUGGUCUCGGUCACUCCAACACCGCCGCACAUGUCGCUGCCAACGCCCUGGGUCUUUUCGGCUACUUCCAGGCCCAGGCUUUCAUCGGUAUGACGGACAUCGCCCUGCCCCCGAUCGUCGAGGCUUGGACCCAGAACUUCCAAUGGAGCAUGGGCAUCAUCCGUAUCGGCUUCAUCCAGAACAUUGCCACCUGGUACCAGCGCUCAACCGGCGGCACACCGUCAGAAAUCCUUUCCAACCUCGACGAUUACUCGGUGUCAGUCCAGAAGCGUGACUUGGGCCCAGCAUCGGCGUACACCUUAGGCAAGCGGGCACUUCAGCGCAUCGGUGGGCCGGUGAUGAAACGAGCAUCCUCGGAUAACCCAGCGGGUUCCUCCAACAACCCGAUCAUCGUCUCCGGCAUCAAGCGUGUUGGAUUCAUCGCCGGAAUCGAGCCGACCAACAUCUUCCUCACGGGCUACAUCUUCUUCUUGAUCUUUGUGGUCGCCGUUGUCCUGGGCGUCAUCCUCUUCAAACUCAUCUGCGAAGGUCUUGUCAAGGCUGGUCGUCUCAAGAACAACAAGUUCCAAGACUUCCGCAACGGCUGGACAACCGUGCUCAAGGGGAUCAUGUACCGCAUCGUCCUCAUUGGCUUCCCUCAAAUGGUCGUGCUCUGCUUCUGGGAGUUCAUCCAACGAGAUUCCGGAGCGGAAAUUGUGCUGGCCGUCUUCACCGUCUUCACCAUGAUUGGCAUUCUCGGCUGGGCUUCUAGCAAGGUCAUCCGACUGGCACGCCGCAGCAUCGCCAUGCACAAGAACCCGGCCUACAUCCUCUACUCGGACCCCGUCGCACUUAAUAAGUGGGGCUUCCUCUACGUCCACUUCAAGGCCACGGCGUACUACUUCAUCGUCCCCGUCUUGAUCUACGUCUUGUUCAAGGGCAUUUUCGUUGCCUUUGCGCAGGGUAGUGGAGUCGCGCAGGCGAUCGGCUUCGUUGUCAUCGAGGCCGUCUUUCUCAUCGGCGUGUCCAUCCUGACGCCCUACAUGGACAAGAAGACCAACGCCUUCAACAUUUCCAUUUCGGUCAUCAACUUCAUCAGUGCCAUCUUUAUGCUUUUCUUCUCGAACGUAUUUGGCCAGCCGCAAAUCGUCAAUGGUGUCAUGGGCGUGGUCUUCUUCGUCUACAAUGCCGCCUUCUCCACCGUCUUGCUCAUCUUGGUGCUGAUUGCGUCCUUCUACGCCCUCUUCUCCAAGAACCCGGACACUCGCUACCAACCCAUGCGUGAUGACCGAGGCAGCUUCAUCAAGUCCCAAUCGGAGCUCACCACCGAACUCGACGCCCUGGGCGCCACCGCCCGCGGCGAGCCCAAGCACGGCUUCUACGGCAACAAGGGAGCACGUAUCGAAGAAGACGACAGCAGCCUGUCGGGAAGCGACACCGCCAAGAACCACAUGACCACCACCACCUCCUACACCGGCGCCGGCACCUAUUACCCGGCUGAAGACCAGGGCGGCCGGCACAACCCGCCCUCGCCGUACUACCAGUCCCCGGCAAGACAGCCCGGCAGCGCCGACGGUAGCCGCGCGGCGUCGAUGACGAGGGGCGGCUAUCGCAACCAGACCGCGAGUCCCAGUCCGUGGCAGCGAGGCGCGGGCUACGACUAG